AUGACCGAUUAUGAACCCAGGUCUCUAGACAAACUCUAUAACUUUGCUGACUGCUCUGGCCUCCACCUCAUCUUUGCAUUGAAUGCUCUGCGUCGAAACCCCAACAAUUCUUGGAACAGCUCCAAUGCCCUCAGCCUGCUCAAGUACAGUGCGAGCAAGAAAUACAACAUCUCCUGGGAGCUGGGCAAUGAGCCAAAUAAUUAUCGAGCCCUGACAGGGCGAGCAGUGAAUGGCACCCAGUUGGGCAAGGAUUACAUGCAGCUGAAGAGCCUGCUGCAGCUGAUCCGCACUUACUCUCGAGCCAGCCUAUAUGGACCCAACAUUGGGAGGCCUAGGAAGAACGUUGUGUCCCUCUUGGAUGGGUUCAUGAAGGUGGCAGGCAGUACGGUGGAUGCAGUUACCUGGCAACAUUACUACCUUGAUGGCCGAGUGGCCAAGGUGACGGACUUCCUGAAAACGCGCCUGUUAGACACACUCUCUGACCAGAUCAGGAAAAUCCAGAAAGUUGUCAAUUCACAUGUGCCUGGAAAAAGGAUUUGGCUGGAGGGCAUCGGGGCCACCUCAGAAGGAGUCACCACCAAUCUCUCGGAUUCCUAUGCUGCCAGCUUCCUGUGGCUGAACUCUCUUGGAAUGCUGGCCAGCCAGGGCAUUGAUGUGGUGAUGCGUCACUCGUUUUUUGACCACGGGCACAACCAUCUUGUGGACCAGAACUUCAACCCACUGCCGGACUACUGGCUGUCGCUGCUCUACAAGCAGCUUGUUGGGCCCCGGGUACUUGCCGUGCAUGUGGCUGGACUGCAGCAGAAACCUCGCCCCGGCAGGGUGAUUCGUGACAAGUUGCGCAUCUAUGCUCACUGCACCAGCUACCACAACCACAAUUACGUCCGUGGGUCUGUCACGCUCUACAUCAUCAACUUGCACCGGUCCCGGAAGAAAAUCAAGCUGGUGGGUACCCUUCGAGACAAACUUGUCCACCAAUAUGUGUUGCAGCCCUAUGGUCAGGAAGGACUGCACUCUAGGUCUGUGCAGCUUAAUGGGCAGCUGCUGACCAUGUUGGAGGACGGAUCCCUGCCUCAUCUGAAACCCCGUCCCCUUCGUCCUGGCCGGACCCUGGUUAUCCCACCACUUACCAUGAGUUUCUAUGUGGUAAAGAAUGUCAAUGCUUUGGCCUGCCGGUAUCGGUAGCUCCACCCACUCCGCUGCCAAGAACUGCUAGGCCUCUUGGCAAAAGUGCUUGCUUCUCAGGUAGGUGCGUCAGACAGCACCAAGAAAGGUGGGAAAGGCCUCUGAGAAACUUUGUGGGUGUCUGUAAGCACUGGCAGGCCACAGCCCUCUCGCAGACGGCAGCUGUUCUAUUCUUGACACCACCCCUGCAGUGACCAGUGUGUGCUCCUCCUGCCUAUGUUUGGUCAAUUCCU